AUGGAGAAGAAAAGUAGAUCUUCGGUCUUCCUCAACAAUAGCACAGCCAUGCCCUUUCAAGAACGGUCCUCAUCACCAAACCUACGCCCAAGGCGUUGCUCUGACGAGUCUGAUCUGCAGGCCGCAGCGGCGAGCCUGGGAUGUUAUCCCGCUGCUCCUGUCAAUGGAAUCCACCCACCCUUCAGGCUCAGUCCGGGUGGCCCCAUCGUCCCUAUCGCGGACAUGCAGGAGCUUCCUGAUUGGCUUCACUGGACGCACGACGAGAGCCUCGAGUUCGUACGCAACUUCUUCGGACCCCGGGAACAGACCACCGUCAUAGGUCCCCGACGAGCGACAACGCCCCGGUCCAAGGCUGGGUAUCGGAAGCAUCGGAAGACGAAGAAGACGGCGAAGCUGGAAAGGGAGGAGAACAGCGGCCACGACGACGACGACAACAGCGACAGCGACUGGUGUCGACUCGACUUGAGAGAUGUCGCCUCCUCCGUCCAGUCAGAACUAGAACCGGGGUCGAACGCGUCUUCUCCCGCCUUGAGCCCGGGCAAACACACCAACGAGAGGGAGGAGAGAGAAUGUGUUAUUCAAAAGCUGGAGGAACACAUCAAAACGUUGAAGCGAGUGCAUGAGAGCGGGACCAUGUCGCCCAUGGCCAAGAAGGCGAUGUGGAAGACGUAUGUGGGCCAGGUGAAUGCCCUGGUGGCUGAGACGAAGAUGCCCGUGCCAGAAUAA